CUAGGCCUUGGAAAGCGUUUGCCCUCCCUCGUUCCUCCUCUCUCUCCGCAGGGUAUCUGGGGAGAAAAAGUAAACGAGGCCCAACGGAAUCCGCGUUCCUCGUUUCGAGAUCCCGGUCGCCCUCGAUUGCGAUCUAGGGUUGGGGUUAGGGUUUGCGAUCGCGGUCUAGGGUUAGGGUUUGCGCAACGGCUAAUCCCUAGAUCUAACUGGAAGUAAGGUUAGGCUUUCUUUGAUACUGAUCUUGAUUCGGUUUUGGAGUGGGAAUCGAUGAACGAUCCGUCGCAGAUGAUGAACCGGAGUUUCGGGAUCUGGCAGCCGCCGCCGCCCCUUGCUGCGGUGGUCGAUCAGAUGGGGUUCCAGAAACCCCGCCAUGUCUUCGCCGCCGGCGGCGCCGUGGGAGCCAGGCCUGGAUGGAUGAAUUGGAAGGGUAAAAAGGCCGCCGUUAAGCGGAAGAAGGCCGCUGCCGCCGCCGCCGCCCCUAGCGGCGGCGGUGGCGCCGGCGGAUCCGGGUACAAACCCCCAACGCUGAAGGAGCUCCAGUUCCAGAACCGCGUCAAGGCCCGGAGGUUCUACCCCAAGAAGAAAUUCACCCGAUUCGCCCCAUUUGCUCCCCGGAACACGACGUCCUUCAUCAUCCGGGCCAAAAAGUCCGGCGGGAUCGCGUCGCUGGUGUCGCCGUGCCCGGUGACGCCGGCGAUACUUCCGACGCCCAAGUUCUCGCCCACCCGGGAGGGCCUGGUGGACAUGGCCGAGGAGUGGGGCGUCGACGGGUACGGUUCCAUGAAGGGCCUCAUCCGCCUCCGCUCGCCGAGCGGCUACGAGAUCCGGCCUGCCGGACCCGGUGAGGAGGAGGAGGACAUCGACGACGGGUCGAGCGAGAGUGACGUGGAGGAGCACAUAGAGGUGGAACGGCGGCUGGACCACGACCUCAGCCGGUUCGAGAUGGUAUACCCCGGCGAGGAGCAAGGCGGGCCCGCGUCGUAUUUGCUUGAGAACCGGGUCGACGACCACGACACCCACAUUGCGCAGCUGGAGGAGGAGAAUUUGACGCUGAAGGAGAGGCUUUUCUUGAUGGAGAGGGACAUGGCGGACAUGUGUAGGAGGCUUCGGGUGCUCGAGUCCCAGCGCCGCGAUAGGGAGGAGAAUAAUGACCACAACGAGGAAGCGGCGUCCGCAUCGGAGAAGAUUCCUAACGAGGAGGAGGAGGUGUCGGAGAAUGAGGGGGGAGGAGAUGUUUGCUCGGAGAAGAGUGUCGGGGGUUGCGAAGAGAGCGCCCUCACUCCGAUUAGGGAGUGAGGGAGAGUGGAUUUGGAAGGGAAAGGCAGGACUGGUUCUUCGUUAUGUAAAUAUUAGCUUUCAUCUUAUGUGGAGGACUAGUCUUUCUUUCUAAAUUUUUUUUUUUUUUUUUUACAUGGGUAGAAACUAGAAACUAAAAGGUUGGAGUUCCUUCCUUUGGAUCAUAUCGUUUUGAAUGUUUUUGUUUUUUUUUGGGGGGGUUUGGUUUUUUUGUGAUAAUCUCAGCGGAUGCCAAGUAUAAUGGAUGGUGAUGAAACCCUGUGAUAAUGGGGAUUGAUAUUGGGAUAGGAAGUAUCAAA